AUGGCCGACAUUAACAAACCAAGCAGGACUUCGCCGGCAGAGGAAGAUGGAUCUACCGGUCAGUUAGGCUAUGAGAGCCCGCAAUCCGGCAUCGCCACACCUCAGCCCGACCUCAAGGACAAACGACUGCCUGGUAUCAUGAGCUACUUUGGCCAGGUUCGUUCCACCUCUUCAGCGUUGUUGUGUCGUUCUACCUCUUCAACCCGAGCACCGGACACUGAGAAGUCACUUUCUAUCUCGCCUCAGGAAGAGAAGGAGACAGGAGCACUUCCACAGCAAUUUCCUACCCCAGGCCUGAGCCCAGACAAGGACUCCACGCCCGAGGUUUCGCCUCUCCUACCUCAUGAGAGAGUGGAACCCUCGGAAAAAGUGCAGUCUGAUCAAGAGAAGGCCCCAGAAAUCAAUCCCUACCCCACACCUCCUUGCUCGAAAGAACCAUCCGUAAGAGGAGUCGAUUCGAGCGAUGCGAGUGGUGAUUCGGUACCGGGCACUGCUGGUGCAUGCUCGCAGCGGCCCUCGCUAGACAUGACUGGGACGAGCAAACCGACUCCCCCGCCCAUGAAGGUUCGGAGAGCCACUCUAGCCUCCCCUCUCACGAGCCUCGUUACUACGAAUAGCGUUCAUGCGAGGGAUCUCUCCAAACCCAGUGGCCGUGCACUGUCAUCAAGCUCACGCUCUCCUUCGGACCUUCUUCCCCUUCUACAAGGCGAUUCUGCUAGUCUCUCUUGCAAGUCUGCUUCAAUUGAUCUGCUCAAGCAGCUAACAGAUACUGGUACUGAAAAGAGCGGUCCUCCAACCCCAACACGAGCCCUCUCGACAGCCAAGCCAUCUCAGGCCGAAACGAGAUCGUCGUCGAAAACGAGCGGAGAUGGCGGCGCGGACGAAGAAACAAGCGGUAGAGGAACCCCGGCUUCUUCCCAAGGCAGUACUAGCGCACCAUCACAGAAGGGAAAGCUCACAAUCAAGAUUCUGGAGGCGAGAGGGCUCCGAAGGAGUCGCGAUCCUUACGUUGUUGCCGUGUUCCAGAGAAGUGAGCUGAUUUCGGCUGGACCACGAACUUUCGAGGAUGAAGAGGAAGUGUCGCUUCCGACAUCUGCCCACAUGGGUGGGGUACCCAUAUCACGCCAGGAUAGUGACUCGGGUCGUCCAAUGGCGAUACCCAUGCGGAGUCGCCAAAGCAGUAAUACCAGCACCUCAGAGUACAAUACCUUUCGCAACCGCCCUCGAAGAUCGUUCACGGCCCCGAAGUGGGAUGCGGAGGCAGUCUUUGACGUCGUUGAGUCAGAUAUGUUGGUCGGCAUCUCAGUAUACGAUCACAGUGCGGCGGGCGAAGAGCUCCUAGGCCACGUCAAUUUCCAAGCAGCUGUCCCCGGCAAAGACGAACCCGUACGAGGCUGGUUCGGAUUAAAGGGCAAUGCCGAUACGACGAUUGAGAAGGAGCCCACAGGCGAAAUAUUUGUUGAGGCAUACUACCAGAAGGGAGAAAAGAGACAUUUCGGCCCGGAUGACUUCCAGAUACUACGAUUGAUUGGCAAAGGUACCUUUGGUCAGGUCUAUCAAGUGAGGAAGAAGGAUUCUGGUCGAAUAUAUGCCAUGAAGGUUCUGUCCAAGAAAGUCAUCGUGCAGAAGAAAGAGGUGGCACACACGGUCGGAGAACGAAACAUCCUCGUACGGACAGCCAUGUCAGACUCGGCGUUCAUUGUCGGCCUGAAGUUCUCGUUCCAGACGGCAAGUGAUCUCUUUUUGAUCACGGACUACAUGUCUGGCGGCGAACUCUUCUGGCACCUGCAGAAAGAGGGACGGUUCGACGAGAAGCGAGCCAAGUUCUACAUCGCUGAGCUCAUUCUGGCCAUCCAGCAUCUCCACCACAACGACAUCGUUUACCGCGAUCUGAAACCCGAGAAUAUCCUUCUUGACGCCAACGGCCACAUAGCCUUGUGCGAUUUCGGGUUAUCCAAGGCCAACCUGACCAAGAACGACACGACCAAUACGUUUUGCGGCACAACAGAGUACCUAGCUCCGGAGGUGCUCCUGGACGAGUCUGGCUAUACCAAGAUGGUUGAUUUCUGGUCGCUCGGCGUGCUCGUGUUCGAGAUGUGUUGUGGCUGGAGCCCUUUCUACGCCGAAGAUACGCAGCAGAUGUAUAAGAACAUUGCUUUUGGCAAGGUUCGGUUUCCCCGGGAUACACUCUCUCAGGAAGGUAGGAAUUUCGUGAAGGGAUUGUUGAACCGAAACCCAAAGCAUCGUCUGGGCGCCGUCGAAGACGCAGAGGAGCUGAAACGUCACCCAUUCUUCGCCGAUGUCAACUGGGACAUUCUGUCCAAGAAGCUCAUCACACCGCCAUUCAAGCCGAAGUUGAAGUCGGAGACGGACGUGUCAUACUUUGACCCUGAAUUCACGAACGCUCUGAACACUAACGGGUCGUUGAACGAGCGGGCUCAGCAGUUGGCCACCGGCUUCGGUGCGUCAUCAACACCGUUAUCGCCUACCACGCAAGCAAAUUUUAAGGGAUUUACAUUCGUGGACGAGAAUUCGUUGGACGAGCACAUGAGAGGACGAUACGACGACGACGACAUGAGUGACGCAGAGCGCCGAGAUAACGACUGGGACGAUCUCGAAGAUCUCGACCUCCGAAGGGCAAACCGGAUGAGUGGCAUCGUCGAGACAGGUGGACAAGGCCAGCCUGGCGGAGAGCCAUUCCAGCAAUUUGACAUGUGA